AUGGCUGAACAACAUCUCGAGGAAAGACUUGGCAAUGGAGAAACUGACUCAGUGUUAACUUCACUUCGAUCACAAGAAACUAGUCCCCAGUCUCCAGUUAUGUCGAAAAAAUCCUCAAAUGUGGAACAGAAACAAAAAGAGGCAAAGGAGGCUAGUGAAAGGCUAAUCCAAAUGGAAAACGAACAGCGAGUAAAGGAGCUAGAGAUCCAAAAGCUGACCGCUGAGCUGCAGCUGACAAAACAGCGAACCGAUGAUGCAAGGAAAGUUGCUGCUCUCAACAAAUCCCGGGCUGAAGAAGCCGAACGAAGAUCGCAAGUAUCGGAUAAUGAUACAGUACAGAACUUCCUUAUUAACCGUCACUUAGAAAAACAUUCAGAGCUACCCAAUGAAAACAAAGAACAUAGACAGACAUUUUCUCCCAUUAGACUUAAAGGAGUGGAUCUCCCUAUCUUCUCUGGCGAAGAAAAAAGUGACUAUGAAUCCUGGAAGGCAGCAUUCCUGUCUGUUGUCGAUCGUCGUGAUAUUCCUGUCGGAGAAAAAAUGCUUAGACUACAAGGCUGUUUGUCGGGUAAAGCUUUAACCAUGGUGAAAGAUCUUGGGUAUUCCCUUAGUGCGUAUGAAAGAGCGAAGGCUAAAUUGGAGAAGAAGUACGGAGGGGAGAGACGUUUACAGAUAAAACACCUAACAGCUUUGCGCAAUUUCCGGAAAAUUCGUCCUCGAAAUCUGGAAGAUAUGGAAGAGUUUCAAGUUCUAUUAGAAAGAGUAUUGAUCGCCACUCAGGACUCAGGACCAUUGCAUGGACAGAGCUUGAAUUUAACAGCUAAAGAGAAACUACCAGAAGAAGACGUGCAAGCUUACAAAUAUUGGCUGAUGGACCACUCGCGUGAAGACAAUUUUGAAGCACUUGAAGAAUGGGUUGAAUUACGAGUGCAAGUUAUGGAAGAGGCGAAAGAAGAAACGAAUGGCAUUGGAAAAAAGACGGACAACCGUGUUGAACAGAAGAAACGCUUUCGAGGCUUCAAUACUAGAUCCACCACGCGAUGUUGUAUUGUUCCAAACUGUAAAGAGGAUCACCCCCCGUGGGUUUGUAAAGCUUUCAAAGAUCUACCCGUCCUAAAGAGAAAAGAAUUAAUUACUAAGGCUGGACGCUGUUAUUGUUGUCUGGCUGCUGGACAUCGAAGCAAAGAUUGCACCAAAAGGAGACAAUGUGGUGUUGAUGGGUGCCUGAGUAAAGGCCACAGCAGUUACCUUCAUGUAAGCCCUCCAAAACACAAGGACGACGUGGGAGGACACUUACGACCUGAUGCACCGACAUACGUUCCCCCAGGACAAUCGAACCAAAAUAGAGAGGCUCCUCGUAAUGAUAAGACACGUGAUGACAAUCUGCCACCAACCAAUUUCCAGCCCCAAGAAAGAACACAUAAUACAACUAAAGUAGAGAACGUCUCUUUAAUGGUAAUACCUGCCCUGAUUAGUAAUGGAAACAGAGAGUUAAAGGUCAAUGUAAUGCUUGACCCCUGUUCGACCAGUUCCUAUGUAUCAGAGGAAGCAGCAGAAGAGCUUGAGUUGCAUGGACAAAACGUAAACCUUACGAUUGCAGGAACAGGGGGCAUCGAGAUCCAGAAAAGAUCCCGCCGAGUGGAACUAAAUGUGACUAGUCUAGAUAGGUCAUUUACGACACCUGUCCAAGCACAUGUGUUAGAUAACAUUGCGAGCGACACACCAGCCAUACAGUGGUCAGAACUCAAGGAAAAGUGGCCUCACCUGCAGAAGAUCCCUUUCGACAAUGUUUCCAGGCGACAGCAGAUUGAUGUCAUGCUUGGCAGCGAUAAUCCAGUAUUCCACUACGUAUUAGAAGAGAUUCGCGGCAGCCAACCAAGUGAUCCCGUAGCACGCCUAACGAACUUGGGCUGGGUUUGUUUCGGGCCAACGUUGGUCAACGAGUUUCGGCGUAACUCUCGUUCCCACUUCACACGCACGUACCGUACCUGCCAUGUCGACCAGCAACCACCACCGGACGACAUUCUACGCAAGUUCUGGGAGCUUGAGGCACUCGGAAUCAAAGAAACGUCUGAGAAACAGGCUAUGACAGCCGACGAAAGAGCAGCAACUGCAACUGUAGCUGGAUCCCUAAAGUUUGAGAAUGGUUUGUACGAGGUAGGAAUCCCUUGGAAGGACGGAGAGCCGAAGUUGACUAACAAUUACGAAGCGGCGUUAUUAAGACUCCAAAGUCAAGAGAAAUCCCUCAGAAAGAAAGAUCCUAGCAUCCUGGAAGCCUACAGUAAAGUAUUCAAGGACUAUGAGAAAAAAGGCUACAUUCAGAAAGUACCCAAGUCCGAAGUAGAACAGCAGUGGUUCCUCCCACAUUUUCCGGUCAUUAAGCCAAGCAAAGAUACGACUAAAGUUCGUGUUGUCUUCGACGCGGCAAUGAAGCAUGACGGAAAGAGCUUAAAUGACAGCAUACGGCCAGGUCCGAAACUACAACGAGAAAUAGUAGAUGUUCUCACCCGCUUUCGUCGAGCACCAGUUGCUUUGAGCGCGGACAUUUCUGAAAUGUUCCUGCAAGUUGGUCUACAAGACAAAGAUCGUCCCUUCCACAGAUUCUUAUGGCGAGAUUUCGAUCCUUCAAAAGAGCCCGACGUAUACGAGUUUCGACGCCUGUUGUUUGGUAAUACUGCCUCGCCAUUCUGCGCACAGUAUGUAAUACACGCCCACGCUCAAGCACAUACAGAGACAUUCCCAGCGGCAGCAGAAUCGGUCGAUAACUCGAUGUAUGUUGACGAUGUCUUAGAUUCAAGCGAGACUAUAGAGAGUGCCCAGGAUCUGCGACGCCAGUUAUCUGACCUGUUGGGUCUAGCAGGUUUUCGGCUGCGGAAAUGGUCGUCGAACGAGCCAUCAGUUGUCGCAAGCAUCCCCGAGAGUGACCGGUUAUCUGCUGUUGAAAUUAACAAAGAAGAGCCGUCUAAAACCAAGACUCUGGGAGUCUUGUGGGAUCCUGAAAGAGAUGUAUUUACCUUCAGAGUGGAACCUCCUGAUGCGAAUAAAACCCCUACGAAACGUAAUGUUCUGAGCGCCAUAGCUGCUGUAUACGACCCCCUUCAGUUUCUCUCGCCAUUCCUUGUUCGGGCUAAAAUUCUCAUGCAGGAGAUUUGGAGAGCAGGGUUGGAUUGGGAUGACAACCUUCCAAGUGAUCUAGCAACUAAGUGGAAGAACUGGGCUACAGAACUUUCGCAGUUAUCGCAUGUCGCCAUACCACGCUGCUUACGCCUCGCAAACCCGAAUAAAAUGGAACUACACCUGUUCUCGGAUGCCUCUAAAGACGCCUACGCAUCAGUCGCUUAUUUGGUGUGCCAAUAUGAAGACGAUAGCCCUACAUCACGCCUUGUCGCAUCAAAGUGCCGUGUAGCCCCCACCAAAGCGAUGACGAUUCCCAGACUGGAGCUUAUGGGUGCCAUUCUCUCAAGCCGUUUAGCUCAAAGUCUUCUGAAAGUCUUGACUGUCGAUCGAGUGAUAUUUUGGACUGACUCCGAGAAUGUGUGGUAUUGGGUACGAAACCACAGCCGGCAGUUUAAACCCUUCGUAGCCAACCGUAUCGCAGAAAUUCAACGGACGACGAGUCCCGAGCAAUGGAGGCAUGUACCUGGGAUACAGAAUCCAGCAGAUCUAGCGACCCGAGGUCAAUCUGCUAUGGAACUAGCCAAAAGCACAUUUUGGUUGGAAGGACCAUCGUUCUUGAAAGAUGUCGAGAUCUCGGGGCCAUCAGCGCCUUCCGUUAGAGAGGAGACGAAAGUUGAAGAUAUUGAAAAGACAGUGGCACAGACGUACAUGGUCCAGGCGCGCGUUAACCUGGGUGUUGAUCCAAACCAUUUUUCUACCUUCCGUCGCCUUUGUCGUGUGACUGGAUGGGUUCAACGAUUCGUUACAAACUGCAGACUUCCAAGGGAAUUACGAAAACGAGACAGAACGCUUUGUUCAACUGAAAUACUUAAUGUGGAAAAGUGGUGGAUCAAACAAGCGCAACGAGAAGCUUUCCCGAAAGGAGAGCGAGAAGGAUGUUUACUGCGACUUAGUCCAAAGAACGGUGACGAUGGUCUUCUGAGGAUGGACGGACGUUUAAGACUUGCGGAUGAACUAUCCUACAACACAAAACACCCCAUUUUAUUGCCAAAAGAGCACGUGGUGACCCGACUCAUCAUCAAGGAUGCACAUGAAGAACUCGGACAUGGUUCCGGAGUUGAGCAGGUUCUAACACUGCUACGCAGUCGUUUCUGGAUCGUAAAAGGAAGACGCGCGGUAAGGAAUAUCGUUGAGUCAUGUGCGCAAUGUCGACGACGUUUUUCUGUAAAAACAGCCGAGCAGAAGAUGGCACCGCUGCCCAGACCGCGACUUCAAUCGUUACGAGCUUUCGAAAGAGUCGGAGUGGAUUAUGGAGGCCCAUUUCUAACGAAGCAAGGACGAGGCAAAGCCAAAGCAAAGAGAUACCUAUGCCUAUUUACUUGUCUAGCGACAAGGGCUGUUCACCUUGAGAUGUCAUACUCAUUAGACACGGCUUCCUUCAUCAAUGCCUUUACGCGAAUGGUAUCGAGGAGGGGGACGCCCGUAUAUGUUAUAUCGGACAAUGGGACCAAUUUCGUGGGCGCAGAGCGGGAGAUGAGAGAAUUAGUUCAAGCUUUUAACCAGGACAAAAUUGCCCAAGAAACCACCAAGUAUCAACCUAUUGAAUGGAAAUUCAAUCCUCCAUCGGCCCCUCAUUUUGGAGGGAUUUUCGAGGCUAUGAUAAAGAGCGCCAAGAAGGCAAUAAAAAUCGUCCUAGGAGAUGCAGAUGUGACGGAUGAAGAACUUCAGACCGCAAUGUGUGGAGCUGAAAGAUUGGUAAACUCACGGCCCAUCACUUAUGUGAGUUCAGAUCCAAACGACCCGUCCCCACUUACUCCAAAUCAUUUUAUAGUCGGACAGAUCGGUGGGGUAUUUGCUCCUGAAGCUCUUGAUCAAGUUGAAGCGAACAACCCUAGGAAUCGCUGGCAUCGAGUACAACAAUUGUUACAGCUGUUCUGGAAGCGCUGGAGAAAGGAGUUCCUUCCACGUCUUAAUGUAAGCAAGAAAUGGUUUCAUCCCAAACAUAACCUGAAACAAGGCGAUGUGGUAUUGAUUGCUGAACCCAAAGCAAGUAGGGGAGAAUGGCCUCUUGCCCGUGUGAUCGAAGCGUAUCAAGGAAGUGACGGCCUAGUCCGAGUUGUAAAGGUGAAAUCCAGGAACAAAGAAUAUUUCCGUCCUAUACAUCGAUUGUGUCCUCCUCUCGAGUAUGUUGACGAACAUUCGGACAAUGAAGAUAGAUAACUGAAACGUUAUAUAGAAGUGAACAUAAAGGACGUUAAUUAAGUCGUAUUUGUUAGUAUUCAUUGACAUUGCUAAUCCCUCUAUUUAUUGUCUUUAAGUGGAAUCGAAUGCGUUGCAUUCGGGAGGGGGAUGUUAACGAACGAUAUUAUUAUAUGAAGUACUUGUUAUCAUGACCGCUGAAAUAGUCGCGCGGGCGACAAAACGUUGUUUGAACGUUCUAGUUUAUAUUUUUCGACUACAAAAAGUACUAGUGUGACAAUAUUUAGGCUAUUUUUUGUGUUUAAAGACUCGGAAUAAAGUGGCGAAUUAUCUCGUGUAGACAUUUUAUAGACAGUUCAAUUAAUCGGGAACAGUGUGAUACUGAUGAUGGUGGUGAUAAUGAUGGUGGUGGUGAUAAUGAUGAUAAUGAUGAUGAUGGUGGUAAUAAUGAUGAUGGUGGUGAUAAUGAUGAUGGUGGUGAUAAUGAUGAUGGUGGUGGUGAUCAUCUGAGCAAUGGUGGCGAUGAUGGUGGCGGUAGUGAUAGUGGUAGUGAUGGUGGUGAUGAUGGUGGUGAUCAUGACAGUGGCAGUAGUGAGUGA